GCUGACCACUGUCCCACUGCUAUAAAUGCACCACGCCAAAAUUUAGUCGCUCCUUUUCGUUUGCACGCCAAAGCUGCCCUGAGUGUACGUGCGUGCGUGCGGUGGUCGUGUCCAAGAAGCUACGAAGACGUAGCUUGGAAUUUCUUCCUUCGGUCAUGGCAGACCAAGCUUUUGUGACGUUGGCUACCAAUGACAGCUAUGCGAAGGGAGCCAUGGUUCUGGGUCAGUCCCUGCGGUGCCACAAAACCUCCAAAAGGUUGGCAGCCCUCAUCGGACCCCAUGUGUCUGAAGAAUGCCAGUCCGUGCUGAGGAGGAUCUUCGACGAGGUUCGGCUGGUGGACGUGCUCGAUAGCGGCGACGUGGCUAACCUGGCGCUGUUGAAGAGGCCCGAAUUAGGCAUCACUUUCACUAAACUCCACUGCUGGACGCUCACACAUUACUCCAAGUGUGUCUUCAUGGAUGCAGACACUCUGGUGCUUUCGAAUAUAGAUGAGCUCUUUGACAGAGAAGAACUGUCAGCUGCCCCCGAUCCCGGCUGGCCUGACUGCUUCAACUCGGGCGUGUUUGUUUUUUGUCCGUCUGUGGAGACUUAUGACAAACUCCUUCAUUACUGCACAGAAUACGGCAGCUUUGACGGGGGAGACCAAGGAGUACUAAACGGCUUCUUCAGCGACUGGGCUACGGCUGACAUUUCAAAACACCUUCCCUUCAUUUACAACCUGAGCAGCAUCGCCAUUUAUACGUACCUACCGGCUUUCAAGCACUACGGCGCCAAGGCCAAGGUGGUCCACUUUUUGGGGAAGACGAAACCUUGGAAUCACAGCCUGGACACCAAAAGCAAAGGGAUAUCUGGCGGAGCGCACCCCUCCUUCCUCCUGGACUGGUGGGCCUUGUACUCGGCCAGUGUGGUUCCGAUGCUCCAAGAGCAAUACGGAGAGCGGGCCUUCCACUCGGAAUGCAUCGGUGAGGUGGUGGAUGAUGUUCCUGAUUUUCCCGUAAAGUUCUCCUACAUGGUUACUUUUGGCAGCGUACAGGCCAUGAAGGAGAACCUGGCGACCGCGGCUGCAGCGGUCCACCUGUCGCCGCCGCAGCUGCAACAGCAGAAGGAGCAGCAGCCGUCUUCUGAGGAACGCAAGCAGAAAUGGGAGCAAGGCCAGGCGGACUACAUGGGAACUGACUCCUUUGACAAUAUCAAAAGGAAGCUCGAUACUUUCCUCAAAUGAGGGGGGGGGGGUGGAAGUGGAAGGAUGCACUUAUACAGCCACAAGUGCACUUCGAUAGAAUUGGAGAGGAGUUCAUUUAUUUCACUAGCUGGAUAUUUGUACCCCGGCAUUCAUGAUUUCACCUAGUUGCAAUUUUUUCUCCCUUUCUAUUGAAAUGAAUUGAGUUUUAGUUAGAUAAAAGUAAUGCUUUGCCGCCAUGUUACAGCCACAAGAACCCUCUUGAAAUUGGUGCAUCAAUUCCUUGCAGGUUUUUUUGCGUGAUUCCUUUCAUAAAUAAAAUACUAUAAUAAUGUUUUUCAAUCAAA